AUGAACUUAAAAGAAUAAGAAUCAAUUAAUGAUUAUUUUAAAGAUGAUUCAAAAUUUAUAGGGGAAUUCUAAAUGCCUGAUUAUAAAGUUAUGCGUGGAUAUAUUGGUGGAUAUGGAGAUGAAUUGAGACUCUAUUACACUAAAUUUGAUCCACCAAAUAAAAAAGCAUCCUUGUGCAUAGUUCAUGGCUUUGGUGAACACUAAGGAAGAUUUCUACAUGUAUCUAAAAUACGUUAUAUUAAGAUUGCUGACAUCUUUGCAAAGUUGAAUUUUGCUGUCCAUUUAAUAGAUUUGAGAGGAUUUGGAUAUUCUGGAGGUCCAAGAGGAUCUUAAACCUUAAAGGAAUUACAUAUGGAUAUUGAAAUCUUAUUAAGAUAAGUAUCAAAAGAUCUUCCAUUAUUUCUCUAUGGACAUGCAAUGGGUGGAUUACUUAUAAUUAGUUUUUUAAUGAGAAACCCUGAACUUAAAAUUAGUGGCAUUAUCACAACUGCUCCUAUGCUUGGUUUUCCUAUGGAUAGAAAACUAAAAGGAAUCAAAUACAUCGCAGUUAAAUAUUUUGGACAUUACAUGGAAGUAUUAAUCUUCUUAAACUUUAUCAUUUAGGAUUUAGUAAUUAAUACAAAACUCAACAUUACAGGAAUGAGCAAAGAUGAUCUACAUAUAUAAAGAUGUUUUGAGGAUAAAUUAAUGAUGCCUUUACUAGGUAUUGGUAUGGCAAAAAGUAUUCUCGAAACCUUAAACUACAUGGAAUCAAAAGUGUAGACAUUUAAAUAUCCUAUAAUAAUUUUACAUGGUAAACAGGAUGCUGUUUCUAGUUAUCAUGAGAGUGUAAGAUUUUAUGAAAAAUGUGGUAGUCAAGAUAAAUCUAUUAAAUUGUUUGAGAAUGGUUAUCAUGAAUUGUAGCAUGAUUUUGAAUUUUUGGAAAUGAAAUAAAUAAUGAUUGAUUGGUGCUUGAUACGUAUGCAAAAGGCUGAUCCAUUUGGUAUUAUAUAAUAUGUAUAAAUUAUUAGGAAUUUUAUUGUAAUCGAGACUUAAUUAUGGUAUUCCAAUUGGAAAGAAUAAUAAUAUCAAAAUGUUGGUGGGUUUAUUAUUCUUGUUAGUUUAUUUGUUAGUAAUUAUGAAAUUUAAGGGGAGAUUCUAAAAAUAUUAAUAUCCAAUUAUUCCAUUGAUCAUAAUAUAUAGAUAUUAUAAUAAAAAAUUAUGAAAAAUUUUAGACGAAACAAUAAUCAAUCAAAUAGACCUUUUAGAAAUAACAGAAGACCUAGAGCAAAUUUCUAAAGAAAAUUCAGCAGGGAUGAUAAUGAUCGUAACAACAAUAAUCAAUGUAAAUGGCUUUUUAUAGACUAUCCAUUAUAUAGCAGAUAGAAGACCAUUCAAAAGAAGUUUUAGAUUCAAGAAGUCAGGUAAAUUUGAUGCUUUCAGGACUGGUAAAAGAAGAUUUAGAAAAUUGUCUGAAAACAAAGGUGAAAAUUUGGAAAAUAAAUUGGAUAAAUAAUUAGAAUAAUAUAAGAGUGGAUAAUAAGUUGUAGGAAAUAGUGGUAUGAAAUAUAAUUUAUUAAAAAGCAUCUUCUAAAUUGGACAAUGCUUUAGAUGCAUAUUUUUCAAGAAAAGGAUCGAAUACAAAAGAAAAUAAUUUAGAUAGAGAAUUAGAAAGCUAUUGGAAAAAAAAUAAUUGAU